GAUAAGACCUUUUAGGAAUUCAAGUCCAUUUCAUAACGGGGACGAGUUUGUAAGCAAAGAGGUGUCUUGGAGGAAGGGCCAAGAAAAUCGGUUAGACUGACCUCCCUUUGACCUCCUCUUGACCCAAUGGACGUGACCUACGCCCUCCUCUGUCUCGCCACGGUGACCUCGCUUCUGUCUCCGGCGAGAGGUCACGCGCGGGCGGCCGGUGACCUCGAUCAUGGCGUUGAUCUGAUCAAUGACCUCAUGACGAAUGAUCCCGAAUCUCUCUGCAAGUACGUGCAAUGCAUCAAUCCUGUUGAAGAGGAAGCGUGUCCAGAAGGCACUUUCUUCAUGGCAGGAAUCGCGCAGUACGGUUGCUGCGGCGCCUGUGUUCAAUUCAGAGGCCUAAAUGAGGCGUGCACGGGCAGCAUCCACCCACAAUACUGCGGCGGGUAUGGCAUCUACGGCCAGAGCGGCGACUGCUCAGAUCCCUGGAGAAAACUCCGUGAUCUCAGGAAUUCCAUUGAGGAGAACCUCUACACGCAGGAUAACGUUGUCAGGUCUUCAUGGUGCGGGUACAACAUAGCCUGUGGAGGAAGCCGCGUGUGCGAGAUAGACCCGACGGCCAAGGGUUGCGUUUAUAUACAGAGGAGAUACGACGAGGCGAGACAACCCGGCUCAGGACUCUACCUGGAUUACAGAGACGACUACCGCUGGAGGCCGACGUGCACCAAGGAGGGAUUCUUCACCGAGAAGCAGUGCAAGGGGCCCCUCGGGGAACAGAGAUGUGUGUGUGUGGACCCAGACGGGAACAGGCUCUACGGUGACGCAUUUUCCUACCAAGAAGAUCUGUACGACAGCAUGAACUGCAAAUGCUCGCGCAGGGUAUGGGAGUUGCAACAGGCUGGCGAGAAAUCGGUCACCUUGCACUGUGCAGCGAACGGGAAUUACGAGCCCUUGCAAUGUGAAGACGGCUGGUGCUAUUGCAUUGACCCUGCAACGGCCACGCCCUACGGAUCCAGACUUCCCGAGGGCGCGAUGGACCGACUGGAUUGCUACAACAAGACGCUAGUUGGAUCACAGUACCUGAGGCGAUGCGAGAGCGAGUACCACGCCCACAUGGAACUGUAUGAUCUGAUGGCGUUCAAGGGUGUCCAGGGGCCCUCGACGCUUCUGAACUGUGAUGCCGACGGGUCCUAUUCCGGGAAGCAGUGCACCAUAGGCAGCUGCAGAUGCUAUGAUAAGUACAUGAACAACAUCAUCGCAGGUCUGGCAGGAUCAGGAUGCCAGUGCGCACGAGAUAUCUGGAUGAACAAACAGAUGAACAUCAACAUCGAAAUCUCUUGUGAAGUGGAUUCCGGGAGUUACAAAAGCAUUCAAACCCGCGCCGAUUACGCCUUUUGUGUCGACAGUGAUGGGGUUCGAGCCGGUCCUUUGGUAUACCAGUCGGCUGCAGGCAACCUGGGAUGCGCGUCAGCAUUACUGUGCCAAAACGGAGGCAGUGAAAAAAAUUGCGAGAAUGCAUGCCAGGGCUGCUCCAGAGAUGACUAUGUAAAAUAAAUGUCCAGGGAAAGAGUUAGUUCUUAUUGUUUUCUUCAGUGGAAAAAAAAGAAAAAAGAAAAUCCAAUAUCUGAGAUAGAAAUGUGGGAAAAAUAGGUUGUAGGGGCUAAUGUAACGUGAAUUUUUUUGAUUCACGUGAUAAAAAAAAAGUGAAGGAAAGCACCUUAUGACAGACUUUUUUCUUUAUAAUCAUGGUAAAUGUUUAAAUGAAUUUCAAUUGUAGAAUAAUUAUGAUAGUUGGUGACAGAAGGGAUAUUAAUAUUAUGGGCAAACUUGAUUACAAGCUGAUUUUUAUGCAAUAUUAGGCCUAUCUAUAAUUCAAAGCAUGAAUGGACUCCAUUAUUUUAGAGGUAAUUAAUUCAUAAUUAACACUGCUUAAUAUUAAUAUUUACUAAGUUUAACCCCAUAGGAGAUCUUACAUAAUAAAUAUUAAGAUUUCAAUAUAAACUUAAUAGAACACAUACGUUUAUUUUUUCUCAAUGUGAAAUAAACAUUAGCGUUAAAACUACUGUCUUCUUAAUAUUAUCCUAGAUGUUUAUAUUUUAAGGGACAAAAAAUACUUAGAAAAAUAACUUGUGGAAUAUAUUAAAUGACUUUUACUGCAGCCAUAAGUGGCGUGAAUGCACAUGCGAAAAAUAAUCAGUUAAUCCAUACAUUUGCUUAAAAACUAUUACAUUUUAUUUGUGAACGUGGUAGCUUUUUUUUUUUUAUAGAGUACAUACGUUGACAAUGAUCAUCAUUUAUGUUCUACUCAAAAGAAAUAGGGAGACACUGAUGCCAUUUGCAAUAAUGCUAAAAAGGUCACGAGAAAAAAAAAAGGUAUUAUAAUUGUCAUUGUCGUUACUUUUAUCAUCAUCAUUAUCAUUAUCAUUGCCAUCGUCGUUAAUUUAUUUAUUGAUGAUGAUGAUUAAUGAUGAUGAUGAUUAUUGAUGAUGAUGAUUAAUGAUGAUGAUGAUGAUGAUGAUGAUGAUGAUGAUGAUGAUGAUGAUGAUGAUGAUGAUGAUGAUGAUGAUGAUGAUGAUUGAUGAUGAUAUGAUGAUGAUCAGAAAUUUUUGCUGUGGCAUGCUAUAGUCAUCUGAAUCGUGUCUUGCCGAUUCCACGGAAUACCAGCUAUGUGAAAUAUGCUCAAAUUUAUAUAAAAGUUGAGCAUAUCUCCCUCGCAAUCCCAUUUGCAGCCGAGAAACUACGUGGAAAUCUCUACCGAUGGCAAAGUUUCGCUGUCAACUGCGAGGCCUUGACACUGACUCGGAAGACUCAAAGAGACAAAAAACGAAAGAAAAAAGUGACUCAAAACGCCAAUCACUCACCUAGAAGCAAACUCGAGUCAAGAAAUAAAGUGUGGUUUCGGAAAACUCCCAUGCCGUUCCUUCCAUACUCAUUUUGACUUCUGAAAUCUGAUAUUCUAACAGCACAAUUCUUAUAAUCAACCAGAACCUCACAGUCUUGCAAUGGGGAGGCACAAUGCAAGGUCUACGUAACAAUACAUAGGACCUUGGCACAAAAUACAGUACUUGAUAAAAGAA